CCGUACUAGAAGUCGUAAGGUACGUACGGGACCGUACCGUAGAUAACUUCAAAGCCACAGGCAACCACUUCGAAAAUAAUUGAAAUGCCAGGAACGAUCAUAGUUCCUCAUCAAAUAUCCUCUUGACCACAAACUAAGUCGAAGAGGGACGAGACACCCAAUGGCGGAUGAAGCAAGAGCCCAGCGCCAAAGGGCACUGGAAGAGAAGAAGAAGCGUCUAGAGGAGCUCAAAGCUCGGAGGCAACAGCGAGCCACGAAUAGUAUUAGCGCCCAAGAUGCAGCCAAAGCGAAGAUAGCAGCAGCGUCCAAUUUAGACAAAUACAUUGAUGGUUUGCUUAAGGUACCAAAUAACCAUGUUGCGUCAACGAGCAGCGAAACCGUUGCAUCGUCGCACCAUCCGAUGGAAAACGGAACUGCAGGCGUAGAUAGCAGCUCAAAAAAGUCGGAAUCGACGUCGUCAUCUGAGACCAAAGCGGUCGGUGUUUCCGCUCCAAUCCAACAAACAAUGGCCCCAGUGGUCAAGACAGAAACCUUUGAAAUGGGAACCCAGACUUCCGUGGAGGAAUUCCCAUCGACAGGUUUGAGUGAAGCUGAGGAGGAGACCCAACCACCGUUGGCAAGUGGUGAUUUGCAGGGGUUAGACCCUGUCGAAGCAACCAAAAGCAACGAAAUGGGAGCAGAAGAAGUCUCAAAAGAAGCCAAAGUUUUAUCAACAGAAGAGGUAGAGAAAGAAUUAUCAUCAGAAGCAUUCUCAUCGUUUUUGAAUGUGACUUCGAAAAAGGUUGAGAGAGUUCUUGGGAGUGAUUUGUUGUCAAAUCUUUUGGCGGAUUACGAUGGAGGCAUUGAUGAUAAAGAUAGAGAUGCUAAGAAGAUUUCUGACGGCAGCAAAUUCUUGUCAUCUCGGCAGAUGUACGAAUGUCCAAAGUGGACUGCGUCAAGAGAUGUUACAGACAUGGAUUGGUCUCCACUUCACCGAGAACUAAUGCUUUGCGGAUACCAUAUGCCUUCUUCUACAUCGAGUCUAGGGCAACCUGUUGGAUCCUCGGCGGUCAAAGUCGUUUCGCCCGACGAUACACCCUCUGAUUCUCUCGCUCCUCGAAAUGGAGAACUGUUGUCUGAUGGGUUGGCGUUGGUGUGGAAUCUGGCUAUGCCAAACCGACCGGAACACAUAUUCACAUGCGGGAGUCCAGUGACCACAGUUCGUUUUCAUCCUACAGAAUCCACCCUUGUAAUUGGUGGUUGCCAGAGUGGACAAGUGGUUGUUUGGGACAUAAGAGCUGGACGAAUGCCAGUUCAAAAGUCUGUGCUCACAACGACGGUUUCCGGAAACAGCAAAGGGCACACCCAUCCCAUUUGUGCAAUGGAAGUGAUCGAAGGAGGCGUAAGUUCAUUAACAUCAUCAUCGCGUGCUUUACUGAAAAUUUUGUUUUUUCGUUUAUGUUCACCCAUCGUGUCUCUUUUUUGUCACUUUAUGCAACAAUAGGCGGGGCUAGUUACUGCCGCAACAGA